AUGGACGAACGACGCGAGACCAUUGAGGAUACUAUCCGCCAAUUUCUUGCUAGUAACACCUCUGCGUCCAGCGCUCGCUCAUCGGUAGUAUUCGAUCAAUUGACUGUGGAAGGUAGCGGUCGAGGAGUCCAAGCCGCGCCAACUGUCUGGACGACCGUCAAGUCAUGUGCGAACUACCUCAAUCCGCGAACCUAUGGCCAGCCCGAACCCUCUCGUAAACUACUUCAUGGGUUUUCUGGAUCGCUGGAUAGCGGCGAGAUGCUGCUUGUUAUUGGUAAACCUGGAAGCGGAUGCACCACGUUCCUUAAAGCAAUCUCGAACAUGCGCGAGGAGUAUAAAAGGGUAGAUGGAUACAUCACAUACGGCGGUCGCCCUGCUAAUGAUCGUGAUCCGGAUCGUGUCAAGUUGAUCUUCUGCGCUGAGGAAGAUAGCCACCUACCGGCUCUAACUGUAGCACAAACGCUUAGGUUUGCUGUUCGAGCUACAUGGGAUACUAAGGCGUCUCGGGCGACCAUCAAUUCCGCAGUUGAGAGAAUUGCUAGUUGCGUAGGCUUGUCUCACGUAUUGAAGACUAAGGUGGGAAACGAAGCUAUCCGUGGCGUAAGCGGUGGGGAAAGAAAGCGGGUUUCACUCGCCGAAGCCAUGGCAACAUGCCCAGACGUACUUUGCCUCGAUAACCCCACCAAUGGCCUCGACUCGUCUACUGCUCUUGACUUCGUACGUAUGAUGCGCGAGUUCACUCGCCAACAUGGAUGCUCUAUUGCCAUGAGUGUGUACCAAGGAAGUAAUUCUAUGGUUCCAUUAUUCGACAAAGUCUUAGUUAUCAAUGGCGGUCGCCAGGUCUUCUAUGGCAAAGCUACCGAUGCUAAGGCAUACUUCGAAGAUCUCGGGUUCGUCUGUCCCGACCGCACGACUAUUACCGACUUUCUCAAUUCGAUGACGGCCGAGCCCGAACUCCGGACGCCCCGUGACGGGUGGGAGUUCCGCGUUCCUUCUACGCCUACUCAGUUUGAAGAGGCGUUCCGUCGGAGUGAAUACUAUAAAGCUGUCGCCGAAACCGUCGGUGUGAAGCGUCGCGAGGCUGUAUCCGUGGCGGUAGGACCUAAAAGGGAUGUGUAUGCCUUGCCUCUAUACCGCCAAAUCCUAGAAUGCUCUAUGCGCCAAUUCCAAGUACUCGCCAAAGACACAAAGACGUGGGUGACGGAAGCUCUGACUAUCAUCGUGCAAAGUCUUGUUAUCGGCACACUCUUCCGCGAUCAACAUCGGGUUACUCAGUCAUUCUUCAUCCUCGGCUCAGCUCUAUUUAAUUCGGUUCUAGUACCAGCUCUCCAGUCAAUGAGCGAGUUUAAUAACAGCUUCGCCGAGCGGCCUCUUGUUAUUCGCCAAAAGCGGUACCGCUUUUAUCGGCCGCUUGCCUACGCAUUGGGGCUUGUUCUCACUGAUGCGCUAUGGAAGAUUGUGGCCAUUGCUUACAAUAUCCCUCAAUACUUCCUCAUCGCCUUCCAGCGGACCCCGGAGAAGUUCUUCAUCUGGUUCUGUAUCGUGUACAUCGAGCACAUGGCUUUAUCUAUGGUUUUCCGUGCUAUCGCUGUGGUAUCGCCGAAUAUGGGCCGUGCGGUACUUCCCGUUGGUAUUAUGUUCAAUGUCUUCGUUCUGUAUACCGGCCUGUACGUUCCAGGGCCGCAGAUGCAGGUGUGGUUAUUCUGGAUCAAGUACUGUAACCCGCUUUACUACGCGUACGAAUCUGUUAUGGUGAAUGAGUUUGGAAACCUGAAUUAUACAUGCAGCGCAACCGAUCUAGCGCCCAGCGGGCCCGGCUACGGCUCGAUUGCCAACCAAGUAUGUGCGGUUCAAGGAGCCGAACCGGGACAGGCAUUUAUAUCUGGCGCUGCCUAUGUUCGUGAACAAUUCGAUUUUCGCGUAUCGCAUUUAUGGAGGAACGUCGGUAUCAAUGCCGCCUUUUUCGCAGUCUUCGCGCUAUGCACCGGAAUUGGAAUGGAGUACUAUAAACUCCCUGCCGGCCGUUUCGCCACAAUUUUCUACAAGUCGAAGUCAAAAGAACCGAUACCAAGGGAACUAUCGGAUACUUCCGAUAAUGAAAAAGGGAAAUUUGAUGCAGAUGUGCCGCCAACCGGGUCGGUAAUAGCACCUACUACUUCGCGAUCGGUGUCAAGUCAUAAUGGGCGGACGCUGGCCUGGAAAGAUAUUACACUGGAAGUAAACGUUGGUGGUGAAACGAAGCGUCUUCUAAAUGGUCUUAGCGGUUUCGUGGAGCCCGGUCAAUUGACCGCUCUUAUGGGCGCAUCGGGCGCAGGGAAGACGACUCUCCUUAAUACUCUCGCGGGUCGGAUAGAGUUCGGAAAACUUUCCGGUGACAUCUUCCUCGAUGGUGGCCCGCUACCCAAGUCUUUCCGCCGUUACAUGGGCUACGUGCAGCAGCAAGAUGUACAUCUACCGACUCAGACGGUACGAGAGGCCCUUCAAAUGGUCGCGCGCCUCCGAAGGCCCCUCAGUGUAUCUGACGAAGAGAAGAAUAACCAUGUCGAAGCCGUCAUUCAUCUGCUCGAGAUGGAGGAUAUCGCAGAUGCAUUGAUCGGAGUACCUGGUGCAGGUCUAAAUCUAGAGCAAAGAAAACGGGUAACUAUCGGUGUCGAAUUAUCUGCUAGGCCGGAUAUUCUACUCUUAGAUGAACCCACCUCUGGCCUCGACGGACGAUCUGCCUUAACCAUUGGUCAUCUUUUGCGGAAGCUUGCAGCUUCGGGCCAGACUGUAUUGUGCACCAUCCAUCAACCUGCCGCCGAAUUGAUCGAGCUUUUCGACCAUCUAGUAUUGCUUGUUCCAGGAGGUCGUCUUGCGUAUGAUGGGCCGCUGGGUGAUAAGUGCUCGACAGCGCUUGAAUAUUUCGCUCGGUCGAGUUCCGCGCCCCCUUGCGGAGAGGAUGAAAAUCCGGCUGAAUAUUUCGUGCAGGUGGUGAGGGGUUCAUCGGAUGCAUCCGAUGAAAAGGCUCAAUACCAAAAUAUCUGGCAAUCGAGUUCCGAGCGCGCUGCCCGUGACGCGCAACGGGAAAAAUUGGUCUCCGCCGCCUCAACGGAUAAUGAGCAAUCGCUCAUGCCUGCCGAACGUACACACGCCGUACCGCUUUACGUACAGUUUGUGGAGACUAUGCGCCGAACCUGGCUCUACUACUGGAGAGACCCGGAUUACUUCGUCUCCAAGUUGUUGAUGAAUGUCGGCAAUGCCCUUCUCAAUGGCCUAACAUUUCUAAACUCUGGUAAUAAUGAGCGUGGAACGUAUAAUCGCGUCUUCUCCGCCUUUAUGUCACUUAUUGUCGGACCACCUCUAGGUCUACAGAUCCAACCGCGUUUUGUGGCGUUACGCGAUAUUUUCACACUCCGCGAACAAGCCAGCCAAACCUACAGUUGGCUUUGCUUCGUAAUACCGUCGAUUCUCAUUGAGUUGCCAUACGCUUUCAUCACAAGUUUAAUGUAUUGGUUAUUGUGGUAUUUCCCCGUGGGAUACUUCACAACUUCGGACCGAGCCGGCUACAGCUUUCUCAUGUACGAAUUGUUCUCCGUAUUUGCACACAGCCUGGCCCAGCUAUGCGCCGCCCUUAUGCCUAGCCUCAACGCAACAUUCAUGGCCAAUGGAUUCUUCUUUAUGUUCGUCAAUCUCUUUUCCGGCACUCUUUCCCCGAAACCUGUUACCCCUUCUGGUUGGCGCUGGUACUAUAAGCUCUCGCCACUCUUUUACCUGAGCGAAGGUACCACUUCCGAUAUACUAUAUGGUCUCGAUAUCACUUGCGAUCCUUCCGAAACCUCGAUUUUCCAGCCCCCGGCAGACGGCAUUACAUGUGAUGACCAUGCUAGCGAAUUUCUGCGCACGGCAACCGGUUUUCUGCUUAAUCCGAACGCGACCUCUGAUUGUCAAUACUGCCGUUAUAAGGACGGUCAAUCAUACUAUCUCCAAUGGGGUUAUGACUUCGCCAAUCGUUACAGGAAUAUCGGUAUCUUCAUUGGUUUUAUCGCCUUUAACUACACUGCUGUCAUCGUAUUGACUUAUCUUACUAAGGUUAAGAAGUGGAAGAGGCAGUAA